AUGGAUUCUAGUCAAGUAUUCAUUUUCUUCCUAGUGUCUUCUGUUGGAAGAUGGAUUGAUGAAGGAAUUGUUUUAAGAACUGAGAAAGUCAGUUCCAAGGGAGGAUAUGUGCAAACUGAUCAAGUAACUAGAGAAGGAAAAUAUGUACAAUCCAAUGUUCCAAGACAAUUAGUUUAUGGUACUAUGGUAUUUGUAAGACAAACAAUUGUAAAUGAUGCAUCAUCUGCUUUGUCACGAGCAGUUUGCAUUGCUACAAGAUAUAGUGCUGUUCGGAGACAGUUUGGGUCAAAAAAAGGAAGUCUUGAGACACAGGUGAUUGACUAUAAAACGCAGCAAGCUAGGCUCUUCCCUUUGUUAGCUUCAGCCUUUGCCUUCAGAUUUGUUGGUGAAUGGUUAAAAUGGCUUUACAUGGAUGUGAUGAAACGAUUGCAAGCCAAUGAUUUUUCAACAUUACCUGAGGCUCAUGCAUGCACUGCAGGGUUGAAGUCCUUGACUACUUCAGCAACUGCUGAUGGAAUUGAAGAAUGUCGCAAACUAUGUGGUGGCCAUGGUUACCUUUGUAGUAGUGGUCUCCCUGAGUUAUUUGCAGUCUAUAUUCCUACCUGCACAUAUGAAGGAGACAACAUUGUGCUGCUUUUACAGGUGGCAAGGCAUCUCAUCAAGACAAUUUCUCAGUUGGGCUCUGGAAAAAAACCUGUUGGUACAACAUCUUAUAUUGGACGAGUGGAACAGCUGAUGCAAUAUCAUUCUGAUGUUCAGAAAGACUCAAGGGAAACCACUUGCACAAGACAUCUGAUGCCCUUUCAGCUACUAUCUUGGCCAUAUCACGGUUAUGGGAUUAGAUCCCAUGGUUUUAGUAUUCGUUUCUCUGGUACUGCUCCCAUUGAUUCUGCUGGAGACUAG